CCAGCCCGGGCUGGCUCACGAUCUGGCUGGGCUCCCUUAUCACCCUAGUGACUUUAGAGAGAGCCUGCGCUGCGGCCUGGGCUGUACUGCCGUUAGUGAUCAAGUUUGCGGAUCGCCUUCAACAUCGACGACCUGUAAUGGCUAAUAGGCACACGAUUCUACUGAUGCAGCCAUCUCAGAAUAGGGCGUCUAGAACUUUUAUGGAUUAUGAUUCAAUCAGUCAAUCCAUGGAUGGCAUUUGCGGACUUUAUGAGAGAAAACUGAAGGAAAUCAAUCCAACCAUCCUAAACAUCACCUAUGAUAUUGCUGAUCUAUAUAACUUCAUUGAUGGUUUCACUGAUCUCAGUGCCUUGGUCUACGAUCAUUCGAUUCAUGCUUUUCUUCCCUACGAUCGACAAUGGAUUAAACAACGCAUGUUCCAGCACCUCAAAAAACUCGCCUUGCGAUAAAAACAUAAAACUAUUUAUGAUCAUAUUUUUAUACUGCUGUUCAGUUUAUUAUGUUGCCAUGAUGAGCUUCCCUGCCUUGAUAAUUCUGAUUAUUAAGUUUGCCAUCCUAUAAAUAGCAAUCCGAGUUUAUUAGUUAUGUACUUGGACACAUUGUAUAUUGGAUAUGUGACGUUGUUGUUUGAAUGGAAGAAAAGUGAAGUUUGUGGUUCUCC